AUGGCGGACGAAGAGGAGCUCUACCUUGCAAACCUUGAUGAAUUUGUAAACGAUGAGAAUAGAAUUGUAAGCUUUUUGCAUAGCACUUUUUUAAAUGUACCUGCUUAAUUAUUUUCUUAAAAAUAUUUUUUUGAUAUAGUGUUAUGUUUCUUGCUUGUUUUAUUUCAGGUAACUUACAAAUGGUUGAGUCGAACGUUGUCAGUAUCCGCUAACAGAGCGAAACAGUAAGCUAGAUUUAAAUAUAUAUUCUUAAACAGUGAUUAUGUUAUUUCUUCUACCUUUGCUUUGUCUAUGCUUCAAAGGAUUGAGUUUUAUCUGCAAAAUGUCACGGACGAAUCAACUGAAACGAAUGUCAAUUGCAAUGCAAGCUUGUAUGUUUUUAGCAAUCUUCAAAGAGACUUUUAAAAUCACUGUUUUUUUAUCUAUACGAAUUAUAGUCGGUCACUCCUUUUUGUUUAAGCUUAUUUGCUUUCUUUGUGGAAAGGAUGUGAGCCUGUGUUUGUUUGUAAGAGAUCAUUCACUCUAAUUUUCCGUAGACGAAGAAAAAUAAAGAAUAUACGAAAAUAAAAAUAUGUACUGAAGGAUUCCUUGUUUAUGAAUUUUCCUGAUAGGACGACACAAUGUGAGUCAGAUAAUUUAGUGAAUACAAUAUUUGGUAAAAUUUUCGCACAGCCCCAUACCAUUGUAAAACAAAUCUGUUUUUCCAAUGGCAAUUAAUUGUUUUUGUCAUUGUUUUCUCUAUCCAAGAACUGAAUGCAUAAUGUAGGAUGGAGCUGUGCAGACACUUUACCCAAUAUUUCCUUGAUAUGACUGAAGCAUUGUUUUGGUUUGUUUUGUUUUUGUUUUUUCAUAUUGUUUUUUUAUUUGUUAUUUUUUUGACAGAAUGCUGUAUGCCUUUGUUCAGAAACAGAAGAGGUCUAAUUCUGGAUCUGAUAUUAAUGUAACUUACUUGAUUGGAGGAAGAUGUUCAGUGGAUGGAGAUAUGGUGAGAUUUUCAUAUCACAUGUUCCUCUAGAACUCCCAAAACCUAAAGAUGUUUGUUAUGAUGUUAUCUCAGGGAAUUGUGAUGAAAGGGCUAUGUGGAAAUAUGAGAUCUACACACUAAUUUAACAUUAUGAUCUAAAAAUUCAAGCCUCUAUUUUCCUAUGGUAAUGUAUAAUUUCCAUCUUGUGGCUUUCCUGUAACCUUUCUUUUUCUUGUCCCCUUUUUGUCUAAGAUCAAUCAUUUUAUUUAUUAUAUUGAACUCAAGUUUGCAUCAGUAGAAACAAACCUCAAUACAAACUGGAGGCUCAUACCAUGAAUUGAAAAUGCUCAUUUUGUUUCAGGUACAUAGAUUUGUUAUUACUCAGGAUGAAAAGCUAGAAGGUACCAAGUAGACAUACCUUCAGUAUGAAUUACCUGGUUGAUUCCUAUUUAAGGGUGUUAAACAAUCUGUAAAUCACUUAUGGGAAAUGUCUGUUUUUUUGGUUUAAGUUUGCUGCCUAUUCUCCUGUAGAGUUUGGGAUUGGUUCUUCUUUUUGUCCCAAGGGUUUUGAUUUUGAUUAUGUGAUCUUCUUCUCUCCACAAAACCUAACUCUCCAAUUUCCAAUUCACUCCAUUAGUAGUGGUUGAAGAACCAAUUUGUGAAAUACCAUGAUGAAUGUCAAUUCAUUUUAUUCAUUUAUUUAGUUAGUGAUUGUGAUAUUUAAGGAAUUGUUAUAUAGUAACCAAUGUUGGUAUUUUUUUUACUUAUUUUUAGAAACUAAGAAGAACUUCUCUUUUUUGACUUCUUUACACAUCUACAGCGUACAGAAAUGUAAAUUAAAGGUGAUGUUAUUUAUUCACUCUCAUGGUCAUUUAUUUAGUGUGACAGAGCAAUUAAUGUCUUGUCUAAGGAAUCUUAAAGUGUCAGUAAUGAAGAAGUAAACUUUCAUAUUCUAUUUCUAGGAUGCAAAUGCAUUAUACACUGUUGACUAUGAUGUACAGCAGCAGUAUGGCAGUGAAACUAAUAGGUAUGUUUUGCUCUCUAAUUUUCCACACGAGUGUGAAUUUUCUUGACAGUAUUGAUAGUUUUACUCAUCUGAUAGAUAAGUAAUGUUGACUUGGAGAGUUUGGUACUUUUGUUAUCCCUUGAACUCAAAAGAUCUAAUUGUUAAUUCUCCCCUCUAGCUGCUACACAUUUCCUUGUAAAUAAGUUACAGGAAUUAAGUGUUAAAUCAAGAUAACAACUUUUAUCUGAUGAGGUUGAGUAUUCUCAUUACCUGUUCACUGAAAAGUGUACAGAUAUCAUAGGGAGAAGUUACAUGUUAAUCACUUUUGGGGUUAAAGGGUUAGUCUAACUGUGAGUAGCUUUCAUAUUGGUCAAUACCACAAAGAAAUACAAAGUAGCAGAAAGGUAUUGUGAAAUAAUGACCAGUUUGUCUUUCACAUGUAGGUGGAGCCAUAUCUACUGUUCAGCUGCAGUACCUUUAGCAGAUAAAGGUGUUAACAGAGGUACCCACCACGUGAAUGGGGCGACAGAUGGUCAUGGUACCAAAAUGACCAAUGGAACUGGUGAAGUACACUCAUCUUCAAGGGGUAAAUGUACUGUACUGGUAUAAUUAUGAAGUUCACUGUUGAUGAGCACAAUUAGUGCCAAACUGUAUUUCAUAUCUUAUGCCUCUGAUUUAAAAAAGUUGUGUUAGUUGUACAUCACUAGUGGUUAUUAAAAUUUGAAAAAUCCUUUUGUUUUCUAGGAGCUUCUAAUUCAGCAUUUGACCAAAAAACUAAGGUUUGUAUCUGUUACCUUGGUGAAAAUACAUGCUGUUAGAUAAUAUUUAGUUAAAAAUUAGUUCCAUUUCAGUAUCGCUGCAGAGUGAUUUGAUCUGACCUUCCUUUUUUGACAGACAGACAUUCAAAACCACAACAUAUAUAACUUCUUUGUCAGUUUGUCUUUCCAUUCAUCAAUAAUUUUCUGCUAUUCAUAUGUCCAUCUAUCCAUCCAUUCAUCUAUCUGAUAAUUUUUUUCUCUCAUUUGUUAGUUUUUGAAAUAACUUUAUCAUUUCAAUGUCCCUGUAAGUAUCUAAAUUUGUUCUUGUGUGUAAAACUGUUCAAAAAAUAGACAGCAACUUCAAAGCCAAAGAAAGGACAGAUGCCAACCAUGGAGAUGUUCUCAGCAAAGUCUACCACUAAAAAUGACAAGCAUAUUGGUGAAAAUCCACCUGCUGAAAAAAAUGGAAGAGAUUAUCAGGUGUGUGUUACAGUAAUGAUGCCUGACUCACAGGAGUUUUCAUAAAUCCUCUAACUCCCAACAUCUAAAUAUCAUUAUAUAUGAAAAUCAUUUUGAUUGGCUCUCCCCUAUCCUCUAUCGUAGGAGAGAUGCAUAGAUGACAUUAUCAUGUGCACUGUUUUGCUCUUUUAUCAUACAAAACAAAUAGAUUUAAUGUUGCCAUGGGCCUUUACAGUAAGAUAUCACAGAACAUGGUUAAAUUGGCCAAGUACAUCAGUUACACACUUAGUUGCAAGUCAUGUGGGGCUUCUUUGUUUUUACCAAGUUUUGACAUCAUCUGUGAUCUAUUGCUGAAGAGAUUUACAGCAACGCGAAAUCUAUUGGUUAAAUUUUUUGCAGUGUUUGCCGUACAGGUUAAAGCAGGAGGCAAUGAGAGGGUAGCAACAGAGGUUCUGAUCCCAUUUCACGCAAAUUUUAGAAAACGUUAUGCAUCUUGAUGUAAAGGGAAAACUAAAAACCCCACCUUAUCUUGCCUUUCUGUAAAAUUCACACAUCACUUAUUAAUUUUGGCCAUAAUCACAUGUCAUGCAUUUACCCUUUGCCACCCUCUGAUGAGAGGAAGAUAAAAAUUUCAAAUGCCAAAAGAAUUAAUGCUAAAUUCUCUGAAUUAAAAUUAAAAGAAAUGCAUGGCACACAGUGAAAAUGAUUCCUGUUAGAUCUUGGGAGUGAAAGUCUGAAUAAGAAAAUAGCUCAAGCACGUAAGCCCAUUAAAAUAAUGUAGAAGAACUCUGGACAAUAACAGUAGAGAUCGGUAAUAAACACUCUGACUGACUACUGUGAUCACUGAAGUCUCAGAUAUUAUAGAAUAUAUCUGACAUGUGGAUGUAGUUAUAGUUUAUUUAAGGCAUUGACUGAGACUUCAAAUCAAUAUCUGGCUCUGACUGUGUUAUUCUUUAUUCCAAGAAUGAUCAAGCAAAGCCCAACAAUAGCAACAAAAGUGGUAGCAUGAUGUCAUUUUUUGGAAAAUCCAUAUCAGGUUUGUAAAUUAAGUUAUUAGCUACCACCAGGGUCCUUUCUUGAGAGAGGAAUGGAGAGGACCUUGGAAACGAGGUUGAAGAUAGUGCUAGUACUUUGAUUAUUGAGUGUUAACCUCGGAUUACAUAGCUUUAAAUCAGAGAUGUAACUUUUUUUCUACACUCAGCAAAAAAAGUUUCAGAAAAGCCAAGCAGUACAGGAAAUGAGAAAGAAGUUAAUCGACACAAAGGCAAAAAAGCUUCAGACACUGCAGGAGAUGAGACAGAACUUAAACCAGCAAAAUCUCAAACAGCCUCAAAGAAACAAGAUCAAGCUGUGGAAAAUCAAAACUCAAAGAAAAGGUAUUUACUUGUUUGCAGAUUGGAUUACUUAGCAUGUCAUAUUCAGUUCAAAUGGACUUCAGGGACACAUCAGCCUGUCUGAUAAAAAUAUUAAUUUAUGUAAAUGGUUUUUCUUUCUUCCAGGGAAUUGUCCUCUGAGGAUGAGGAGGUAAAAAUGUUUAUUUAUUUAUUUAUUUAUUUAAAUUGAAAGGUUGUGGAUGAGUUGUUGAUGUUUUCUCAGUUUUUCUUUUCAUAGAGCAAAUUAAGUCAUCGUUCCUACUCCCUAGACGGAUUUCUAGAUGAUGUGCAUGAAAAUGUUUUAGAGUGUAUCAGGAGAUCCCUCAAGAAAUGAUGUUUCAACGAGAAAAAGGACAAUUUUCGCAUACGUACAUUUGAUAGGCUUCAUGUUACAAAAUGUAUAUGGGCCAUUGAUGAUAUAUUCUUAUAGGAAGGGGGAACAAGACACUAUGGUUCCCUACCCCCCCCCCCUGCUAUAAUAUAGACAUAAACAUUUUUAACAUUUCGACCCCUAAAAGUGACUUGCAUCCAACUUUUUCCUCACAGUAUCACCUUUACAUCACUUUAAGGUCACAAAAGAGGAAAUGAUCACCAACUAAAGACUCUCUUGAUAGUUAAACAAAUUGUCCUUGUCAGCACCUUUAGAAAUGUAUCAAAGUCAUAUGGGAAAUAUGAAUACUGAUGUUAGGGUGUUGGGUUUUAAGGUAGUUUAUCUGUUGUCAGUCGGGCUCGGCAGGUGCAAUGCCGUUUUGGAAACAUCUGGUUUCAGCGUAUGUUUGAAUGCAUGUGCUUCAGCCGAAGAAAACCAGAGUUAAUAUUGAUUUCAAAUUUUGGUGAAAAAUUUAUUGUAAAUUUAUUAUUCUGCGAUUUGUUUGCAGGAACCUUUGCCUCCCAAAAUUUCCAAAGUUGUGAAUUCAAGUGCUGCAGGUAUGAUACACUAAUUAUAAUUUUGAAAGAUGUUUUUCGUCUUAUCACGACCGUGGGACAAAGAAAAAAUUCUGAGUCACCCUUUACCGAGCUCAAAACUUACCAUCUCUGUGGCUCAGUGGUAGGGCAUAGGAGCGCGGAAUCCGAAAGUCUGAGGUUCGAUUCCUCAUGGGGACUCAGAAUUUUUUCUUUGUCCCACGCUCGCGGCAAAACGAAAAACAUCUUUCAUUAUUUCUUAACCGAACUCAAAACUUACCAUCUCUCUCAUUUCUAAUUAUAAUUUUCUCAAAUCAUAAUAGAAUGAGUCAAAAAACCAAGUUUUCGUAUCAAGACCCAAACCGUCCAGAGAAAGACAAUUUCACGGGCUUUGUUAAUACCGGAAAAUUGAAAUUCUUCUUACAUUUUGCCGAAAUAGGAAAAACAGACUUCGUGCUCGCGGGAACAUCGCUGAUUAUAGAGCAAGCUGAGAUUUUAUUGUUUUGUAUUUAAAAGUUGAUUGGCUGGAUUUGAAAAUGGUGGAAUCUUUGGUUUAAUCGGACUGGUUUUCGUUGUAAAUGCAUCGUUCGUUCUUCUCUUUCUCUCUUCUUUCCUUACCUUUCCUUAUUCGCCUUUCUUUUCGUGUUCUUUCGUUCUUUCUUCGUUCGUUUAUUCGAUCUGUGCUGUCGUUUCCGUUUUGGUUUUUUCCUGUUGUUUUUCAUUUCUUUACUUCCUUUUUCUUUUCUUUUCAAUUGUUCUCUCUUUUGUUUUCCUAUGUUUUUCAGGGAGCAAGGAUUCAAAGAAUGACAGGCAAAAGGUUAGGCUGCAUUCAUGAUACUCGGUCGAUGCAAUUUUUUAUUUUCUUUGGGCUGUUAUUCACGGUUUUUGUUGCCAUCCGAAAUAGCAGGGUACAAAACUGGGCCAGAGGAGCCUCUGAUGUAAAAAAAGGGUCAAUGUACACCCAGGCGCAGAGUAAAGAAAAUAUUUAUCACCAAAAUUUCAAUAAUAAUAGAAUAAUUGAUCUUCCCGGGGUCCCAGUCCCGUGAAGAAAAACCCACUGUCAUUCUAAGUGUGGAUGCCAUGUAAUAAUGUCUUCUUCAUCAUCUAGUUACAGCAGAAAGAAGGAAAGCAGGUUGAUAUUUCCAAGAGGUAACUGGAACUCCACGUGGACAUAGUUCACAGUGCUUUUACCUAUAAAGUUGUGUGACCUUUUUUGUUAAAAACUGUUAGGCCAUACGUGUGCUAAACCGUCCGCUCAGAGCCAAUGGAAGAGAGCAGUAGUUCACCGAUAGGUCUAAAGCAAGCUUGAAAAGGGUGGAAGGAAACUGAGGCGGAAUAAAAGACAUACUUAUCAGGCUUUGGUUUUGCUUUUCUUGCCUUGUCUUUUCUGUUUCCUUUUGUUUACUGUUGUUUGUCCUUUUUUUUUUCUUUUCCCGCACACACUGGUGUUUGAAGUUCAAGGGAUUUUACUGUUAGAAGUUGCUUUAUAGCCAACGUUUUCCAAUCUUACUCUGUUGCGAAUAUGGUCGAUGUUUUGAGGUGUUUUUAAAAGACCCUUUUUUUUUUUUUUUUUUUGGUAGCAAAGCGGGGAAAAAGAAAGCUGUGACAAAUGAAGAGUCAGGUUGGUACUAAAUUCAGCUUGUGUGAUCGUGUCAGUUUGUCCGUUUUGUCAAACAGUUGGGAUCCAAGUCAAAGGGCUUGUGACGGGCGGUAUAUUUAGCGUCACCAUCCCUUCAGGUUUGUUUUUCUUUAUUUAUCGGUCAGUUUAUUUGCUCGUUUUUGUUCGAUUUCCAUUUUGUUCGUUUGUUCUCUUUCUUUUUUACUUGCAUUCCGGUUGGGCGUACCGCUACGAAUUUUGCUUCGUGUUUUUUUUUUUAAUUUUUUUUUUCACAUUAUUCAGGGUUUGGGGUUUUAAUCAUUAUUUCGAAUAGAUUUAUCACACUUUCUUUCACUUGCACUUCAGACGAAGAACGAGAAGCUAAGCCAAAAAAACGACGAAAACGAACGAAAGAGCUUCCGAAAGAAGACAGCAGCGAUGAUGGUAAUAAUGAUGUAAACAUUUUUAACAUGGAACACCGCCUUUUCCUCGUUAUGUGCUGGAGCAGCUCAUGUGAGGUCGCCGUCAUUCAAAAGACAUUUAAGAAAACUGCACCUCGUGUCUGUUCAGAUGAUAAGCGUACGACCUAAAUUUCAAAUGAGAAGAAAAUUCCUUUCUCCUGAGUGAGAAAUUAUUCUUGGGAACACUAACAUUUGAGGAAUUGAUCGUCGGAAAAAAAAAAAUUUGUUGCUUAGAACGUCUUCUGGUUUGCCGAAUCGUUGUUUGUUUGAGGCGCUUGUUCUAAUACGAACUGGCAAUGGAAUCGCAUGCAAAAUGUUUCGUUCGGACUGAAAGUAACGACGUUAUUUUUACAAUAUUUUCUUUCUGUGAGAAGUUUUUUUGUGGAUGGACGACAAUCCGCAAAAUUUCCAUGGCAUACUGUUAUUUGAUCUUCAAUGUUGAAUUUUCUAUUUCUCGAAAGAGCAAGACAUGCCGAACAGGGACGUGAUCAAGAAGGUCCCCCCUGACCAGAGGUCUUCAGUCAGUGUCAGUCCUCCGCCACAACAGCUGCCUCAACAAACAGAGAGUGGAACAGCAAGGCGACGGAAGAGAACAAGGGCACUUAAAGAUAAAACAUACAUGAAUGAUGAAGGAUUUAUGGGUACGUGAGCAAGAAUAUCCAAUGUUUUGAUGACUGAACGUUCCCGAUUAAUUACAAUAACUACUUCAGUGUCCGUUCUUCCGUCUGUCCGUUUGUUCGUCUACCUUUGAGUCCUUCUGCCUGUCUAUUAGUUGGUCUGCUUUUCUGUCUUACUGACUUCCUUCGUCUGGCUGUCUGUUUGUUUUUAUCUCUGUACGUCUUUCAGUAUGCAUGUUUUCCUUCCGUCUGCCUGACUAUUUGUCCGUUUCUCCGUCUGUAAUACCGUCUGUCGGUCCGUCUCCACGUUUGUCUGCAAGUCCGUGUAUACAUUAGUCUUUCUGUCUGUCUGUUCAAUUUUCUGUGUCCCGUCUGUCAUUCUUUCUGUCAGGAUAAUUUGGUUUUAUCAAAUGUGUUUAUAAUUAAAUUGUCCACCGUAAAGAGUUUCUAAAGCUGAAGUUUCAAGUGUUAACCCUUGGUCGGAGCGAGUCAUUUCCUUUUCUCGAUACGUCAGCUUAAGAGACACUUUACGUUGGUUAAUUGCGUAAUCACCCCCAGUUGAUUAAACCAAAUUAUCGUACAAUACCCUCCACCUCCCCCCCCCCUUCCCCACCCGAUACAGCGCGACAGUUUGUUUAGAAACUUACCCCUUUAUUGUUUUUCUGUCUGUCAGUCUGUCUGAAUAUGUCUUUAUGUCAUGACUCCUGUAAGAUGCUUUGCCAGACGUCGACUCUUCAAAAGGAACUAAUGAAACAGUAUUUCGAGCACCACAAGUAAAGCUUCGGUUGUGAUUUGUUUGUUUUGCAGUUACCGAGAAAGUUUGGGAAACUGACUCAACCGAUGCAAGUGAUGGAGAACCUCAAAGAAUCAAUCCUACUGAGAAAGAGAAACAACCCUCCCCAGCAAACAAAAUAAUCAAGAAGACCUGUGCAGAUGUUAAGAACAAAGCUGCUAGACAAUCGUCGCUGACAAGUUUCUUUAAGAAAUCGUGAAUAAAAACUUUUUGGUUCCUGUAGAAUCAGUUAAAAGUAUUCUAACCAAAUAACACUUAUCCCACACCUAAUCCUCUCUUUGUUUGGUUACCUGCUGCCACAAACGGUAUUUAAGAACACGAAUUAUGUCAGUCUUUGUCAUGGAUGUCGUUGUGUUGUGUGACAUCAUCUCUGUUAACCAACAAGAAGUCAGGGAAAACGAAGUCUCCAGUAAAUGAGAACUCAUUCAUCUUGACCUCGCCUCUUUAUGAUGAAAGAUGCUAGCACAGCUUUCUGUGAUUUCGAGGUGCUACUUGCAUGUAAGAGUUAUAAUAAACUUCCGUUUUUUGUCGAAA